AUGUCCGCCAUCCGUGCCUUCACAACCCGUCGCGCUCCCGUCGCCUUUUUCCAGCGUGCGGCCUUCUCCCAGUCAAUAGCCCGCACCGCUGGCAAGGAGUCAACUCUCCAUUCUGAGAACCGUGCCGAGGAGGUUGAGAAGAAGAAGCAGGAGCAGCUGAACAAGCAAAAGCAGGGCAAGGGUUCCUGGGAGGAGCAGCUUGCCAGUGACAGCGAGAGCGCUGUCAAGGCGGAUCGUUCCGAGACCGGCAAGGACACCAAGCAGCAGAUCAAGGAGUUGCAGGAGGAGGCGAAGAAGGUCGGCCAGUAA